GUCGAGGAAUUUGCCAGUUUCUCCACUUUUGAACCUUCCGUCGUGGGGUCUGACGCCUGGGCAACCGUAACUGCCACUUUUGAGCAGGACCUGAACCGUCAUGAAUCUUUGCAAUCCAAAUGGCCAGAUGGAUCCUCAGUUGCGCCAGCAGUCUUUCCGGAGUCUAAUGAAGGCAGUGACGGCGAGGAAUUCGGGGAUUUCGAAUCCUCAGUUCCACAUUCUGAGCCCUCGGACGUGGCAAACUUGGUUAGAGAUGUGCAAAUUGACCAUCCUCCAAUCGGAAUC